AAAAUCAAGUUUGCACUAUCACAUAUUGAUAUUGUCAUUGUCAACUAUUUUAUGCUACAUAUAAUCUGAUUCCUAUAGUUUUGCAAAUGACUACAAAAACAGAAUCUGCCCCGAUGAACUGCAGGUCCUUCAAUUGAUAUGGUAGUGCAUAGAAUAUGAAGACAAAUCGAUUGUAAUUCCUAAUUUCAUUGCUUGAAGUCCUUAUGCAUUGUAAUAAUACGUGGGGUAUUUAAAUUAACCAUGUGAGCUAACUUCGCACGGAUAAAAGGAUCUAAUUAGCGACCUUUAACUUGCAAACUAUUGUAUUGCGCUUUGUCUAGUACCCCUUGUGUUGUGCCAACAUUCUUAAAGACGGAAGACCAGUGAAGAUGUUCCUUACUGUGAAAUUUACAAGGGAAAGAUUUUCUUCUUGCAUAUUGACCUACUUACUGAUUAAUUAUUAGAUUGUCUUAAAGUAUUGAAAAGUCUGAAAAGUAUCCAAAAUGCUGCGAACAUAUUUCCAGCCUUUGAAAAACAAUAUUUCUGUCUUGAAAGACAUCUCUUGACUUUAUAAACUGUUCGUAUUUAACCUAUUUUAGUCACAAUCGAAUGCAAAGCUGCAAAUGAUGUACUUCCAUCUUCUCCUCGACCGCUUAAGUAAAAUACAUUUCUAAAGAAUGGAGAAUACAAACUUCGAUCAAAUAGUAUUGAUCAAUUAACAACUUCUCACUACUGGCUAACUUUAAACUACUGAGCUGAAAUCUGAAGAAAGUCCAAGUUGAUCAAGAAUGUUUAAAGCUGAGACGGUCACUAUAAAAGGGCUACUGUUUCAGUUGCUACAAGUCGUCGUGACGAGUGGACAAGCAAAAUGAAGUUAUUAUAUGUCUUUUUCUUGGUUUUAUCUGCUGUAUUCUCUGCAAAAGGAGUUCAACAUGGAACUCUUCGCAUCGGCCAGACAAACCCUGAUAAUUACUACUGCGAUACUAUCACCUUCCCAACAGCCUUCACGGGAGUUGAUCCUGUCAAAGUCUUUACGUCAGUUGGUUUUGGCACGAGCUCAUCACGUGUACAUGACGUAGUGUUCACGUGGGUCGAGUCUGUCACUACAAGUAGUUUUAAAGUCUGUCUAGUAGAGAAUGGGGUAGGAUCAAGUGGUAAUGUGACUAUUAAUUGGAUUGCUUACCAAGGCGUCCAGUCUGGUGUGACGGACGGCUCUGUGAGGUUGAACGACUGGACGACGGGAACGGAAUGCAAACAAGUUCGUCUUUCCCAGGUAAACUAUCAUUUUUUCAUUUUCUUCUUUUCGAGUGUUCAUGUCAAAAUUUGCUCCUGUUUCCUUUCUGUUAUUCUAGUUUUCUUUUAUUGUUGUUCAACUACUGUUCAUUCAAUAAAAUCCUUUCAUUUCUUUUAUUUUCGCCAGGCCUUUGCAAGUGUUCCUCAUGUCUUCGUUACUGCACAUCACAAUGUGUUGGACAACAAGCAUGAUGCAGCUACAGUUUGGGUGGAAGGAAUCACUAGAAACGAUUUUACUGUUUGCAUGAGAGAGGCAAGAACCUUUGAUGGACGCCAUAAAGACAUCGAUGUGACUUGGAUGGCAAUGACUGAAGUUCCCCAGACAUGGAAUUAUCAUGACUUUAUCAGAGUAGACUUUCCAAACACUCUUGUACCAAGCGAGGCUGACAAUGAUGCGUUUUGCCAGAUUGUGAGUUUCCACGAGCCGUACUAUGCUCCACCGACAAUCGUUGUUGCUCCAAGUCAUCACUAUGACAGCAGUAAUGUCAAUGCCAUUCAUCCAAAAGACAACUCCAUUGCUGCCUGGGUUGAGGAAACUACACGAACACACUUUAAAACAUGUGUUAAAGACCUUGUYGGGCUGAACAACAAACAUCAUCCUAUCGAGGUGGACUACAUGGUGUUUGGAGAUCUUGAUCCAUGCAUCAACAAGACCUGUGAAUAUUUUGGUGUUUGUCAAGCCAUGUCAGCAAGUGUUGCUCAGUGUGUGUGCGUUACCCAGUGUCCAUCUUACCAAGAUCUCGUGUGUGCU